AUGGCGAGAGGCAAAGUUCAGCUGAGGCGAAUCGAGAACGCGACAAGCCGGCAAGUCACCUUCUCGAAGCGCCGGACCGGGCUGCUGAAGAAAGCUUACGAGCUCUCAGUCCUCUGCGAUGCCGAAGUCGCCGUGAUCGUCUUCUCGCAGAAAGGAAGGCUUUACAACUUCUCCAGCAAUUCCGAAAUACAAAUGACAAUUGAUCGAUACCGUAGAUCAGCAAAUGAUGCAGAUAAGUACCGGGCUGACAUGGAACAACAUAUUCUGCGUUUGAAGCAAGAAACCGCGGAUAUGGAGAGGAAGAUUGAGCUUCUUGAAGCUUCUCUACGGUCCGCGAAUUUUGAGAUUUCUCUGUUAUUAAUUGUGGAUUCAAAUUGGUUCCUGAUAUCUAGUUCCUUUAACUAUGGCAUUCCUCUACCCUUUUUUUCCAUCUCAGGAAACUAUCAGGGCAAUGUCUCGGAUCAGAUUCGAUCGACGAAAUCCAAGAGAUUGGGGAUCAGCUCGAGCGAAGUUUGAGCAGCAUUAGGGCAA